GGUGGAUUACGUGACCUAUUCUAUAUCCUGGAUGUCAGAGUCUGGGGAUUUGGUGUUGAUUAAACUCUCCUUUAUUUCUAAGAAGCAAAAUCUAACAAAUGGAAGAGGUUCUUGACCCAUUGAACGGCCACCAAUAUUGCCAGUCAUCAAAUAUUGUUAAGCGAGCAAUCAGUUAGGAAUCAUCAUAAAUCAGUAAGAAUAAAUCAGGUCAGCUGUCAGUUUUCUUUAGUGGCAUAUUUAUCCUCGAUAUGAAGAAAUUGUAACUUCUAUUUAAAACUUCUAAUCUUGUUGCAACUCUCAAUUAGGAAUUGGAUUAAUGAACGAGCAUUGGAAUCAAUAAACAAUCUAUGUUAAGUGAGCCAGCCAGCAUCGAGGAUGUGUGAAUGUUAGUUAGGUUAUCAUUACUUUGCCAGCCAUCAAACAAGCAAACUGCAUUUAAAGAUGUUUUUCAUAGCUCAUAGAUGAUGUGAGGGCUACUGGAUUCUGUUGAGCCUGUUCAGGUCGGGAAAUGGAAUAAGCAUUUCUGCAAACUAGAUUCUCGAAUUCAAAUGGAAUGCUUUCAAGGUCAACAUUGAAUUGCAGUGGCCUUGGAAAGUCACCAUCAAACAGCAAUGAUGAAGGAAAAUACUGUAACGGGACGUGGGACACGGUGCUGUGUUGGCCGGCAACUUCGGCGAACACGACCAUAAAACAACAUUGCCCGCCGCGAUAUGGACUGGAUCCUACAAAGUAUGUGUAUAAACAAUGCGGGCCGACUGGUCAGUGGGAGGGCAGAGUCCCUGGUGACUACAGCAAGCCACAGGGAUGGACGAAUUACUCAAACUGCUACACACCAGAGGCCUGGAGAAUGUACAAGAAAUUCUAUGGAGAUAAAUCUCCCGCUCAAAAACAGAUGCUUCGUGAUAUUGCUUACGGUGCCCGAGUCAUGGAAAUUGCUGGACUUUGUCUUUCCCUGCUCGCUAUAGCGAUAUCUUUAUUUAUAUUUUUCUACUUUAGAAGUUUAAAAAAUGCACGGACCCGAAUUCAUCGUAAUUUAUUUUUGGCUAUUUUGAUCCACAUUAUCAUAAGCCUUUUUGAAGCCUUGGAUUGGUUCAUAUCUACAACGUCACACCCGCGAAGCUAUUUGAUUGGCCAAGGUGGAGAGAUCUUUCAAACUGCGAUUCUAUGCGAGAUCUUAGUGUCUAUAAAGGAGUAUACGAAGACAGUUAUGUUUAUGUGGAUGUUGAUAGAAGGGAUACAGCUCCACAAUAUGAUUGCAAUCUCUGUAUUCUCUAAUAAACCAAACUAUAAACUAUUUUACGCAUUGGGCUGGCUUUUCCCUGCUUUGCCAACUCUAGUUUGGUCCAUAUUAAAUGCUUGUACAUAUGCUCGAAAGUGCUGGUCAUUAUAUCAUUUCAUCAAGAGUUAUUGGAUUAUUGAAGCCCCACGAGCAAUUGUAAUAUCACUCAAUCUCAUAUUCCUUCUCAACAUCAUUCGAGUGCUUGUCACAAAGAUGCGAGAUAGCAACUCUUCAGAGGCGUUACAGGCCAGAAAAGCGGUGAAAGCAGCCAUUGUUCUACUGCCAUUGCUUGGUAUCACGAACUUCGUUGUAAUGAUAGAGAUUCAACAUACGGACCUGGUGAAUUUUGCAAUCUGGGUGACCAUUUCUCACUUUCUGACGUCAUUCCAGGGUUUCUUCAUAUCCCUGCUCUAUUGUUUUCUUAAUGGAGAGGUAAAAAUGGUUAUCAAACGACAUUGGAGAAACUACCUUAAUCACAGACAUCACCUUGACAGUAGGAAAAGCAGUAAAACAUAUUCCGCUGGUUUUACAUCAGUGACGGAAGUAGUUCCAGCAGAAACAAAGAAUGCCAAAAAGAAAAGAAGGUUCAGACGUAAGAAAAAACGAAAGGAGCCAAAGGAGAUACUUGAUAAGGUACAACUGACGUCUAAAAGUGUGCGAAUGACUCAAUGUAAAACUCCGAAGAGUCAACCCGAUGAAUCUACGUUCGGGAAUCCAAUGGAAUAUAUUACUAAUGGCGUGACGCCAGUUUCUCAUCAUGUGAACAACAG